AUGGUGAGCAAAGUAUCGAAUGCGGUUGGAGACCUCAGAAUUGAGGGCCACGGACGUGCUCAUGUCGGAAACAUCAUCUACAACUAUCCUGCAGUGGUCGAAAAGGCUGAAAACGACAUCGAGGACCGCUGCCUCGCCGAUUUGCGGGUCACCGAUCCCCGGGAUGACAAGAAACGCAUAGAGCUGACAAAGGGUGGCCUGUUGAAAGGGUCGUACCGAUGGAUCCUCGAGAAUGAUGACUUCAAGCGAUGGUAUGACGAUGAAAACAGCCCACUACUCUGGAUUAAGGGCGAUCCUGGUAAGGGCAAAACAAUGUUGCUCUGCGGUAUCAUCGACGAACUGAGUGCCUCGACAAAACUUACGGACCAAAGGGGUGGCGCACUGCUGUCCUUCUUUUUCUGUCAGGCCACAGACAAGCGCAUCAAUAACUCUAUCUCGGUGUUACGCGGACUCAUCUACCUCCUUGUCAAACAGGAGCCAUUGCUUAAAGCCCACGUACGGAGAAGGCACAAUGAUGCUGGUAAAGCGCUCUUCGAGGAUGUAAAUGCUUGGAUCGCACUGUCCGAUAUCUUGACAGACAUCUUGCAAGACCCAAGCUUACCGAACACCUUUCUGAUCAUUGAUGCUCUUGACGAGUGUACCGACGGCCUCUCGCCGCUUCUCAACUUCAUUGCCAGGACAUCAGCCGUGUCGUCACAUGUCAAGUGGCUCGUCUCUAGUCGCAACUGGCCGAGCAUCGAAGAGCAUCUAGAAGCUGCCCCCCAGAAAUUGCGGCUCUGUCUCGAACUGAACGAGAAGUCAAUCUCCACAGCUGUCAGCACAUACAUCCGCUUCAAGGUAGAACAAUUGACGCAAGAAAAGAAGUACGACAGCAAACUGCGGAAGGCUGUCCUAUGGUACUUGUCCUCGAACGCAGACAACACUUUCCUCUGGGUCUCCUUGGUCUGUCAACAACUUGCCAAUACUCCAAAACGAAGGAUUCGAGAGAACUUGACAGCGACAUCGUUUCCCCCAGGCCUUGAUUCGCUUUACCAGCGAAUGGUGGAUCAAAUUCUUCGCUGGAGUGAUGCCGACCUCUGCAAACGUACACUAGCCGUCAUCUUAGCUGUAUACCGGCCUAUUACAGUGGACGAACUAGCGUCUUUUGUCGACGUGGACAACGAUGCUUUUGAUAUCAUUAUAAACCAUUGUGGCUCCUUUCUGACGCUUCGAGAUCGCACCAUCUACUUUGUUCAUCAAUCGGCAAAAGACUUCUUGCUGGAGAAGUCACCCCACCAAAUCUUUUCUUCUGGGAUUGAACUCCUGCACCACACCAUUUUCUCGAAGUCGCUACAACUCUUGUCGGAUACACUACGUCGUAACGUCUACAGCCAAGACGCUUUCGGGCUUUGUAUUGACCAGAUCAAGCGCCCUGAUCCAGAUCCACUAGCCGCAGCACGGUACUCAUGUGUCUAUUGGGUUGACCAUCUCCACGAUUCUCAUUCUAGAAAGAGCACGAUUAGUGAUCUUGAGGACGGUGGCUCUGUCGACGUGUUUCUGCGCCGGAGCUACCUUCACUGGCUUGAGGCUCUAAGCCUUGUCGAGAGUAUGUCAGAUGGGUUACUAGCGAUGUCUAAGCUAGAGGCUUUAGUUCAGGGACGGACAUCCCAGUUAGCCAACCUAGUUCGAGAUGGAUACCGAUUCAUCCAAUACCACAAACGGGCGAUUGAGAAUAGCCCUCUUCAAGUAUACGCUUCAGCACUCGUAUUUAGCCCUGCUCGCAGCUUAAUGAGAAAUUGGUUUCAAAGUGAAGAGCCAGAGUGGAUCGUCACAAAACCGGUCAUGGCAUAUCAUUGGAGCGCAUGCCUCCAGACUCUCGAGGGCCAUACCGAUUCGGUCAGGUCAGUGGCCUGGUCGCACGAUGCGAUGCAGCUUGCGUCGGCAUCCUAUGAUAAGACGGUCAAGAUCUGGGAUUCGGCGACAGGCCAAUGCAUAUCGACUCUCGAGGGCCAUACGGACGUGGUGAAUUCAGUGACCUGGUCGUGCAAUUCGACCAGGGUCGCGUCGGCAUCAUCAGAUAAGACGGUCAAGAUCUGGGAUCUGAGAACGAGCCAGUGUAUAUCGACCCUUAAGGGCCACAGCAAUCGGGUCAAUUCCGUGACCUGGUCAAGCAACGCGGCCCGGAUCGUAUCGGCGUCGGACGACAGGAGGCUCAAGAUCUGGGAUCCGGCGACAGGCCAGUGCCUAUUGACCUUUGAGGAUCAUAGCGAUUGGGUUAGAUCGGUGGCGUGGUCACACGAUGAGACCCGGCUUGCCUCAGCAUCCUAUGAUAAGACGAUCAAGAUCUGGGAUGCGUUGACGGGCCAAUGCAUAUCGACCCUCGACGGCCACAACGAUUGGGUUAAUUUGGCAGCCUGGUCGCACGAUGCGACCUGGCUUGCAUCUGCAUCAGACGAUGAGACAAUCAAGACGUGGGAUCCGGCGACAGGUCAGUGCAUAUCGACUAUGGACGGGCACAGCGGUAAGGUUAAUGCAGUGGCCUGGUCGUGCGAUGCGGCUUGCAUCGCCUCGGCGUCGGAUGACAAGACGGUCAUGAUCUGGGAUCCUGCGACAGGCCAGUGCAUGUCGAUCUUUGAAGGCCAUAACGCCUGGGUCUUUUCAUUGGCCUGGUCACACGAUGCAACCCGGGUCGCGUCGGCAUCAGACGACAAGACAGUCAAGAUCUGGGAUCCGGCGAAUGGCCAAUUCGGUCCGACGACGACUGAGGGCCAUCGCGGUCAGAUCAACUCAUUGGCAUGGUCGCAUGAUGGGACUCGAGUUGCUUCGAUAUCGGAUGAUAUGGUCAAGAUCUGGGAUUCAGCAACGGGCCAGUGUAUUUCGACACUCGAUAUCAGUCAUCGGUUGAACCAGAUUGAAACGGCAGUGGGACGACUCUAUUAUGUCGAAUUUGACAAAUCGGAGCCGAGCCGCUUACAUACAGACGUUGGCACAUUCGACCUAGAAGCUACCGCCCAUUCUACAGUCCUAACUGAUACCUCUUCUGACUAUUUGAAUUUGUCCUCUCAAGAUAUGGGUUAUGGCUUGAGUGAUGACGGUGGUUGGAUUACCUAUGAGGGACAAAACCUCCUACGGCUGCCUCCAGAGUAUCGGCCUUCUUCGUCAGCUAUACACGGAAUGGCCGUAGCAAUUGGCUGUUAUUCUGGCCGUGUUUUAAUAUUCAGGUUUUCGAAAGGCAACCCGGCUUGUUACUUCCACAGUUAA